CCCCCCUCCCCCCACCCUCCACUCUGCUCCCUUCUCGACCAUCUUCGGACUUGGAGCGCUGCUCUGCUGCCGGUGAUCAGCGUCGGACUUGGGGACGCCGAGCCCUGAGGGCGGGUGGCCGACAGCACGUGCCGUUGCCGCCGUAGCUUCACCCCAGCGAUCGCAACUCGACGGACCCAACCCGAGACGAGAAUGGCUGACGUUGCCGAGCAUCAGCAGCAGCAGGAGCAGCAGCUGCUGCAGGUGCAUCAGGAGCUGGAGGAGCUGCAGGAGGAGCUGCAGCAGGAGCAGCAGCAGGAGCAGCAGCCGCAGCAGCAGCAACAGCAGCAGGCCGACCUCACGCCCGCGUCCUGCCGUCCCGGAUCGUGGUCAGAGACUGAGACCAACGCUCUGCUGGACGCUUGGGCCGACCGCGACAUCCAGGACUCGCUGGCGCUCGCUCCGCACGAGCAGGCGUGCGUGUACGAGCGCGUGCGCGACCGCCUCGUCGCGGCGCUGCCCGGCUCUCAGCGCUCGUCGCAGGACUGCCGCCUGCGUAUCCGCAAGCUCAAGAUGGUGUACGCCAAGUCGCGCAAGGCGGUGGCGCAGGCGCAGGAGCAGGGCACGGUGCGUCUGUCGCGCUCGCCGUACUACGAGAAGCUGGACAAGGUGCUGGGGCACAUGCCCAUCGCGGCAGGGGUGGUUCGCGGCGGUCGAGGAAGCAAAGGAGCGGAGAGCUCGUACGAGGAACUGGACGAGUUCGACGUGGAGUUUGGCAAAGUCGGCAUCGACCGCUUCCACGAGGACUCCCACGUCGACUUCUCGUCCGGCGACGGCAUCAGCAGCUUCCUGCAGGACGCCGUGGCCAAGCCCGGCGGCUCCCUGUGGAAGCCGUGGGACGUGCGCGAGACGAGCGCCCUGCUGGACGUGUGGCUGGCGCCCGACAUGCAGGCGGCGCUGGUGGCGGAGCCGCGCGGCGGCGCCACCACCAGCGUGUACGGGCGCGUGCGCGACGGCCUCGUGGCGGCGCUGCCCGACUGCCGGCGGACGCCGCACGAGUGCCGGGCGCGCAUCAAGAAGCUCAAGAUGAUGUACGCCAAGGCGCGGCGGGUCGCGGCCGGUCAGGCGCCCAAGCACGGAGCCGACCGGUUCACUCACUCGCAGCUCUUCGACAAGAUGGACCGGGUGCUGGGACGCGGGCAGCAGCAGCAGCAGGGCGGCGGCGGCGGCGGCGGGGAGGCCGAGACACUCGCUGUAGACGACGCUGACGACGACGAGGCGAUGGCCUCCGAGGGCUUCCUCGACUCCCCGAUGCACCAGACCCGUUCCGUGCCGCAAUCCCCGGCGACCCGCGGCGGCGCCGGCAGCAGCGGCGGCGGCGCUUGCUGGUCGGUGUCUGAGACCAACGCCCUGCUGGACGUGUGGGCCGAGGACGACAUCCAGGCGAUGCUGGCGUCUCCGACGGCGCGCAACAACGCGUGCGUCUACGACCUGGUGCGCGACCGCCUCGCCGCCGCCUCCCCGCCGCCGUCGCCCGACGUGCCGCCCCGCUCGUCGCAGGACUGCCGCCUGCGCAUCAAGAAACUGAAGACGGUGUACGCCAAGUCGCGCAAGGGCGUGGCGCAGGCGCAGGAGCAGGGCACCGCGCGCGCCUCCAAGUCGCCCUACUACGAAAAGCUGGACAGGGUGCUGGGCCACCUGCCCGUCAGGGAGGCCAACGGCACCGCGGCGGCGCGCGUGAAGCGGGAGGCGUCGGCGGCAGACGUCGGGGAAGCCGCGUCGAUGCCGGCCGCCUCGCCCGCCGCGUCGGAGCGGAGGGGUGUCAAGCGCCACGGCUCUCCGGGCGACGAGAGCGAAGCGCCGGGCAAGGCGGCGGCGGCGUCCGCUUCGGCGUCGUCGUCGUCAGCCGCCGGCGUUGAGGAGCUGGUAAGCACCUUCCUGCGGCUGGAGGAGCGCCGCGAGCGUCGCGAGCGCGAGCUGGAGGCUCGCCUCACGCGCCUCUACAUGCAGUGGGAGGAACGGCGGCGGCGGGAGGACCGCGCCUUCCUCGCCGCGCUCGCCGCCAUGCAGGCGCAGAUGCAGGACAAGAUCGUCGGGCUCAUCGUGCCGGGCGCCGCCACGGUGGCGUCUCCUCCUCCUACGUCGGCGUCGGCGGCCGCGUCGGCCCAUCCGACCGCGAUCGCCGCCGUGGUGACCCCCGCCGAGGUGACCCCCGCCGCGGUGACCCCCGCCACGGUGAACCCCGCCGAGGUGACCCCCGCCGAGGUGACCCCGUAGUGACUGGCGGCCUCUUUGGGAGGUUUUUGGCGAGGAUUCCCUGCGGAGGCCGACUCCUUCGAGGCCUCCGUGGAGGAAAUGGAGACGCCAGUGCGGCCCUGACGCGGCCGUGGCGCAGUUCCUUGGCCCCGGGUAGUUUAGUUUUUUAGUUUGUGUUGUCACGUAAGUCAUGAUUACUGGGCAAAUCUGGAUGAAUUUCGGCCCGCCCACCCCACCAAUCCCACCUCCCCCUCCCCCCCUCCUAGUGGUCAAUUGGGAUGGCGUUGUCCAAUCGGAACGGAUUUAACACGUAGCAGGCUUUCGCGAACAAUUUCAUCCGCAAUAGAGGUUUUGUUUGGGGUUAGAUCGUGUAAAUAUAAUGUGUCGUCGAUCAGUAAGGGGUUUGUCACGUGAACAGAACGUGGCCAAUUCCUUACUAGUACAGCACUAACCGGUUGUGUGUUGGAGAGCCAAUCCACAACAUUUACAAUGCGAGUACCACGUUUCGCCAGUAAUUAUAACCAGCAUCAUCAGGCUGACAGCCAGGACAAAUCUCCAACGCUGGUUAGUGCUGUACUAGUAACUAAUUGGCACGUUCUGUUUACGUGACGAACCCCUUACUAAUUGGCUGUGUCGGGUGGUGGCGGGUUUGACGACACAUUUAUACUUGGGCGAUCUAACCCAACGAAACCUCUAUGAUCUGUGGAGGCCGGCGGGUGAUUCGUGAAACCGUGAAUUGAACAAACGCCGUCUUUCUUUUUUCGGUUCGUCAGUUGCCGACGACGAUUUGCUGCGCCAAUUCUCCCCCCCCCCAUCGUGGCCAAAUCUGGUUAGCCGAGCCCCUCGAUUGAUGCAGCACGUUUGUUUAUUUUCUUUCGCACCACCGUAUUUAGCCGACCGCGCCAAUCGGAGGUGAGAGGGGAGGUUAGGACAACCAACGAAACAACAACAAGCCGUUGUAAUGAAACGAGUUUAUCAAUGUAGAUGAUGAUGAUGAUGAUUUAAAAGUGCAUUGUAGCUACCGGUGGCUUCCUAAUAUUGGAAGGAAGAGCCGUUUCCAGAUGGACGCAGAAGCGCGCGUCUGACGGAGCCGCGCUGAUGAUACGGUGGCCACCGACUUUAUUUUGCGGUUAGCCAGAAGCCGCCGCCGCCGCUGCUGCGAGGAUGACGACCCAAAUUUGCGUGACGCGGGAUUUUGACGUUGACUGUCACCAUUUUCUCCACCCCCCCGAUCCCCCCUCUCGAUUCUGGGUUCGCGAUCUGGAUUCAAGAAUCAAAUAUUUGUUGUCGUCGUCGUCGUCGGUGAACAUUUUUCACCUCCCAGCAGCGGCGAGAUUUUGCACGAAAGCUAAAUUUGCUUUCGGCGAAUAUGGCACGAAAAUCAAAAGGGGGGGUCGGUUCCGUUCCAAUGCCGAUGUCCCCAACGCCCGUAGCACGAGCAUCGAAGCGUCGUCUUGCCUUAGGUGAAUCUGACCCCUGAGCGUUGCGCGAGGGAUUAACUUGUUGGUGAGAUCGGCGAAAGUAGCGCGCCGGUUUCUCAUUCCGGUUAACUCCACCGUCAAAAGGAGCCUUGGAAAAAUUAUUUGACGGCGACGCUGCGGCCGCCGCCGCGUUGACGGUGGCGACGUGCACAAGCACGACACAGGAACACGCUCUCUGUGUCUCGCGGAUCCGUCAGUUAACGCUGCGUCCAUGCGGCCUUGAAAGGAAAAAUCUAUCAUCGGUGUGACGUACCAGGCGAUUUCCCCCCCCCCGCCGCCAGAGGUCGCAACCGGGUUACCCUAUACCCGUACCCUACCCGAUACCCGGCUACCCGUUUGCGACCCUGGUGCGGCCGGGUACGGGUAGGCCGUGAGUCACUGGUGAGUAACCGUGAUUGUCACUCAUUUCCCAACGUCUUGUCUCUUCUCACAAUUCAAGUUCCUAGAAUCAACCCACCCGCGCCUGCAACGUGGCUUCAUCCCAGAGGUCGCAAUCGGGUACCCGAUACCCGCACCCUACCCGUACCCGGCCGGGUACUCGUUUGCGACCCUGGUGCGGCCGGGUACGGGUAAGGAAUCAAAACCCGUUUGCGACCUCUGCCCGCCGCCCUUUUUUCGUAGCACGAUUAAUUCCACCCGUGCUCUGUGAUGAAGGACCCCGUUGCUGGGCACGUCACCGAUGGUUGACUUUUCCUUGGGAGGCUAGCUCGGGCGAAACGCCCUUUGUUCGUUAUCGACAAACGUGUUGAGUUGUUAUUUUUUGUUAGUAUUUUAAACGUUUUUGGUAAUCGUAACGUGAGUUCCCUUCGCUCUAGCCGAGUCUCCCCCUCCUCCCUCCAACCCCCCACCCCUGUCGCCAUCCAUAGGCUACUGUUGCGAUGAACUGUACCGUUGAUGCAAGGACUAAUAAGACGUGGACUUGAGACUCCAGCUUCGGACAGAAUGGUGUCGGGUUGUUCUUUUUUAUCGUCUCGGUAUCUUGUCGUUUGAAAAAUAUCGCCGGCGGUUUCUCCCCCCCCCCCUUCCCCGCGUUCACCGUUCUUAGUUUACAAUUGAAGAUUCAAAUUGUAGUUCCUCGUAAAAAAAUUAUCUGCUCGUGUCCCUGUCGCCGGAGUGCCGUUCGGAUUGAACGGCGAACGUUACGUAAUUAUAAGAAUUGGUUUUACCCGUUCUGGCAAUAAAACAGU